AUGACCUCCAAAAGCAAAACCGUCGUGGCAUUCGACCUCUACGGCACCCUCCUCAGCACCGAAAGCAUAUCCAAAGAACUCGCCGUGCAUUUCGGAGACGACAAAGCCGCCGAGGUAUCUGCAUUAUGGCGACGGUUUCAGCUGGAAUAUACAUGGCGAAUGAAUAGCAUGCAGCUGUAUAAACCAUUCUCGGACAUCACGCGGACAUCACUGCUUCAUGCUCUUAAGGAAUCAGGCGUGAAGCUUGAAGACAAGGAUAUCGCCAAUCUGAUGAAAGCCUAUGAUAACCUAGGGACGUUUGAUGACGUUCCUUCUGCUCUAGAGGGCAUCAAAAACUCGGAGACUAUUGACGCGUAUGUCUUUUCUAACGGUACCAAUGAUAUGGUAUCUAGCUCUGUAAACCAGUCUCCAAGUCUAUCCAAGUUUUCUGAGGUAUUCAAGGGAUUGAUCACUGUUGAGGAGGUUAAAGUCUAUAAGCCACAUCCAAAAGUGUACAGUUAUUUGCUAAAACAGGUGGGCAAAGAUCCGGAGAAUAAAGAGCAUGUAGCAAGCGUGUGGCUGGUCACUGGGAACCCAUUUGAUGUUGUUGGCGCCAGAGCGGCAGGAAUGCAAGCGGCUUGGGUAGAUAGGCAGGGACAUCAUGGAAAGGGGGGCUGGAGUGAUCGGUUGGGGGAUCUAGCUAGUGGAGGGCCAACUAUUGUUGUUGAGGGUGUAGAUGAAGCUAUCAAAGGGAUUGAGAAAUGGGUCGAGGAAAAGAAGCUAUGA